AUGUCUUCAUUUCAGUCGACGUCCGAUCAUUUGAAAGGAUUACCAGUUUUUGAUGAAAUGAAUUUCACGCGAUUCCAGUCGGAAGGCUGUCGGACCAGCUCUAAGAAGCCGUCCGUAUAUCUGCCCACAAAAGAUCAUCCGUCGGAACAAAUUAUCACAACAGAGAAGACCAACAUUUUGUUGCGAUAUCUUCACCAACAGUGGGAUAAGAAGAAGGCGUUGAAGAAGAGGGAGACCAACGAUGACAACGACAAUGAGUCUCAAAACGCACGCAAGAAGACCAAGAAAAACGACUCACAAACCAAUCAAUAGCUUAUAAUAUAAUUAGAAUUAAUUUAGUAUUAAUUAAUUGUAAAAUUAUUUAAAUGUCAUUUUUUCGAUCUGUCUUUACAUCACUUUCCGAAACGCUUGGAUCCAAAAACAAAACUACCAUUUGAUGACAUUUGAUCACUAUUUAUAUGUGAAUCCAAUUAUAGGUUAUUGAGAUUAUCAACUAAUUUCAUAUUGAAAUACAGUUUACAAUUGAAAACCACUCUUUGUUUCACUAUUUAUUGAUUACAUGCUUAAGUGUCUGUCGUGUUAUCAUUAUCUGCUCCGC